AUGGUGGUACCACUUAUACAUACCCUUCAAAUAUCAUUUUUAGCACUUUUAUUCUUCACAAUUCUCCUUCAUACUACAAUAUCUUACACCCCUUUAGCCAAAAUACUAUAUCAUCUCCUCACUACACAUCUUCACUUUUUUCUAUUAUUUACUCUAUGUACAAUUAUUUCACUUUACUACUGUUAUCAUACUCGUCCACAUAGGGUUUUCUUGUUAAACUAUGCAUGUUACAAACCACCACCACAUAGGAAAUGUACUUUUAAAGUUUGUGAAUCAUUUGUUCGCAACAAUGUACAUUUAGUUGAAAAAUCCAUCGAUUUCAUGCAUAAAAUUUACCUUAAAUCAGGUUUAGGUGAUGAAACUUAUGGACCACCAUUCAUGUUUGAAGAUGAUGAUCAUAAUAAAAACACGAGCAAUGCAUUUACACUAAAAAAUGCCAAUCAAGAAGCUAGAGAAGGGGUAGUUUCGUGUAUCGAUGAACUUCUAGCUAAAACCCUAAUUGAACCUCAAUCCAUCGACGUUGUCAUCGUUACAUGUGGAGCGUUUUCGCCUUCCCCUUCGAUCUCUUCUUUCAUUGUGAACCGUUAUAAUCUUAGACCGGACGUGAAAGCGUAUAAUUUGAGUGGAAUGGGAUGUAGCGCCGGGAUACUUUCCAUUGAUUUUGCAGCUAGGGUUUUGCAUGGAAGUCGAAAAGUCCAAAAUGCCCUUGUUGUGAUCUUAGAGAACACAACUAUGAAUUGGUACAAUGGUGAAAACCGUUCAAUGCUUGUUACAAAUUGUCUCUUUCGUGUUGGAUGUGCUGCUGCUAUUAUGAGCACUAAUCCUAAACUUUACAAAAGGGCAAAAAUGGAACUUGUCCAUUCUCUUAGAACUCAUCAUGGAGCUGAUGAUAGUUCUUAUAGAGCUGCAUUUCAAGAGGAAGAUGAUAAAGGUAUUAUUGGCAUUGCACUUACCAAAGAUUUGGUAAGAGUGGCAGGGGUUAACCUACGUCAACACAUAAAAAUCCUGGCUCCACGUGUCCUUCCAUUAACCCAAAUCACAAAUUAUGUUUAUUCAAUGAUCAUGUCCACAAUAUUACCUCAAUCAAAAUUCAAGCCAGUGGUUCCUGAUUUUACAACAGCUUUCGAACACAUGUGCAUACACACAGGUGGCAAGGCAGUGAUUCAGCAAGUUGCCCGAGUAUUAAAAUUGAGCGAUGAAAUGACGGAGGCAUCAUGGAUGACUUUGCACAGAUUUGGUAACACGUCAAGUAGCUUAGUGUUUUAUGAGUUGGCUUAUUUUGAAGCUAAAAAAGGUAAGGUGAAAAAAGGGGACAGGAUGUGGAUGAUUGGAUUUGGGACAGGUUUUAAGAUUGGGAGUUUGGUGUGGAAAUGGAUUCAAGAUUCAACUCAAGAUAAUGAUAAUCCUUGGAAUGAUUGCAUACAUAAGUAUCCAUUGAAGGUUUUUGGUGAAUGA